AUGAGUGGAGUGCUUCAUCAUCAAUCUCUAUUAAAAGUCUUUCACGUAAAGGCUAAAAAAACAGGCAAUAUUGUGCGAGUGACCCGAGAGGUUUAUACUCGUGAUGAUAUUUAUUGUCAAUCUAGAUCUUGUAAAUUAUGUAAUCAUACAAAUCCAACUCUGAUUAAUAAUGGCACUCUUGUGCAUUAUCUAGUACCAACUUGUGAAGUAAUUUUGAAAUAUUUGGAAAUAUUUGAAGUGAAUGUCUUGAAGAAUGUUGUUUUUUGUGAAACACUUUUUGAAUAUAUUCACGAUAAUGUAAAACAUAGUAACAAAAUGACGGGUAGUAUUAAAGCUAUUAUUGCUGAUAAGAAUAAUAGAAAGAGUAUUCUUUAUAGUAAUGAACACUCUAAUAGAACAUUGAUCACUCCUAGAACUGAGAGCGAAACUAUUGAAAUGAGAAAUGAAAGAGCAAUUUUGAAAACAGCUGAUUGGUAUGCAUCCCACUUGAAGGAAUCCAAAAUAAUUAUUUGUCUUUUAGCAAUUGAUGAGGAACAAUGUAAACGGUUGAAUGAAUUAAAAGAUCAAUCAUUGGAAAAUUUGAAAAUAAUGACAUUAAAGGAAUAUUUGGCAAAUAAGGAAUAUUACAAGCAGGAUGCCAGUCGUAUUGAUUUGGAACAGCUCUAUGAAAAUGUUACCAUAACAAAAGAACAUGAAACAGUGGAUGAUAAUGAGUUUGGCUAUCAAGACUACUUGACUCUUGAUGUUAUUGAACCUGGGUUGAACAGUGGAAAGUACUAUAAGGGUGUUUUAAGAGUGAAUCAAUACAAUUCUAGAAAUGCUCAUAUCAAGACGACAAUGAAACAAAACAAUGGUAUUAUUGAAGAGGAUGUAUCUGUGAGAGUAUUAGUGGAAGGAUCCGCAGACAGAAAUAGAGCUGUUCAUGGUGACAUGGUAGUCAUUGAAUUAAAGCCAAAAUCAGAAUGGAAAAAGAUAGGAUCUGACGAAUCUAGAACUGAACCAGUCGGUAGAGUUGUUGCAGUUUUGGAAAGAAAUUGGAGAGAAUAUGUGGCAUGUUUGGAGGAGAGCAAAAAUAAUACUGGAGACUAUCUUUUGGCCAUUCCUAUCGAUUCUAGGAUUCCAAAAAUCAGAAUCAAGACUAAACAAAAGAAUGUACUGGAAAAUAUGAGACUCAUUGUAAGAAUUAGUGAUUGGGAAAAGAAAUCAAAAUAUCCAAGUGGAUACUAUGUAAGAACUUUGGGACCAAUUGGAGAUUUGGAUACAGAAACAGAAGGAUUACUUGUUGAAAAUCAACUCUUCACAAGUACAUUGCCAUUCAGUGAUUUGGCACUUAGUGAGCUUCCUCCAGUUAGUAGUGGAGCAGAGUUCAAAAUACCACAAGCCGAAAUUCAAAAGAGAAGAGACAUUAGAAAGACUCACCUUGUCUGUUCUAUUGAUCCUAUUGGAUGUGAAGACAUUGACGACGCUUUAUCAGUUAAAAAACUUAGUAAUGGUAAUAUUGAAGUUGGUGUGCAUAUUGCAGAUGUUUCAUAUUACAUCAAAUAUGAUGGCUAUCUUGAUUUAGAGGCAAGGAGAAGAUCCACAACAGUCUAUUUGAUCGAUAGAAGAUUAGAUAUGAUUCCUACAUUGCUUAGUGCUGAUUUAUGUUCUAUUCGACAGGGACAAGACAGAUUAUGUGUUUCUGUGUUUUGGGAAUUUAACAAAGAGGGCGAAGUGGUAGAUACUUGGUAUGGAAGAACAAUCCUCAAUUCCAAGUAUGCAUUGCACUACGAACAAGCAGACGAGCUUCUCAAGAAGGAUAUUGGAGCAUUACAACAGCUAGGUACUUUGAUUCAAAAGAAACGUUUGAAGGAUGGUGCAUUGGAAUUAAAUGAUUUGGAGGCUGUUUCCUUCAAAUUGGAUAAUGCCAAGAACCCUGUUAAAAUUGAAACAAAGGAUGAUUUAUUAAUUCAUCAUACUGUAGCUGAGUGGAUGAUUUUAGCUAACGCCUAUGUUGCAAAGAAGAUUUACGAUUCCUUCCCAGUUGCUGCUUGUUUAAGAAGACACCCUUAUCCUAUGAAGGAUAAAUUCCAACAAGUUAUCAAAGUGGCUGGAAGUAGAGGAUUCGAAAUUGAUUUGGAAUCAGGAAAUUCAUUAUCUAAUUCUCUUGACAGAGCAGAGGAUCCAGAAGACAAAUAUGUUAAUUUAUUAAUUCGUUCCUUGACAACUAGAGCCAUGUCAGAAGCUGAAUAUUUCUCUACUGGUACCUUACCUGUUGAUGACUUUGUUCACUACGGUCUUGCUUUACAAUUUUAUACCCACUUUACUUCACCUAUUAGAAGAUAUGCCGAUAUUGUUGUACAUAGAUUAUUAUUAUGGGCUAUUAACAAUGAACCAAAUCCAUUUUCAACAAGUAAAUUGGAUGAAAUGAGCAAAUAUAUGAAUAAUGUAAAUAGAGCAAGUAAGCUAGCUCAAAUGGAAAGCUCUGAAUGGUUUAAAGCCAAUUACUUUAGGGAACACAAAGAUACUAUCGAGGAUGCAAUUAUUUUCAAUAUCAAAUCAAAUGCUAUUUAUAUAUUCAUUCCUACCUUUAGAAUUAAAGGUAUUAUUUAUUUCACUACAAAGGAAGGAGAAUUUAUAAUUCCAGAAACUGAACAAAAG